AUGGAUCGGCUGACAUUCUGGGAACUCGUCCGUACGAAAGCACCGGUCGAGCCGGCUCCCGGCCCCCUGAAGUUGCAGAAAAUCUUCGAUGAACCACAGACUGCGUUGGAGAGGGAGGACUUGGCCCGUGACGUGCAGUACAUGGAAGUGGUCGGGAAGAGCACACUGCGGCUGGCGGCAGCGGUGGCAGAAUCCGCACGCGACCCAAGCCGGACGCGGGAGAGCUUGAGCAGCCAAGUGGAGAAAUACUUGGAUGAAGCACGUGCGGCAGACUUGCUCAUCAAGACCGGCCUGAUCGAUCUGGGCACAAGGAGCGGCGUUUGCAAGAUGUUCUAG